CGGACACCACGGAAAAAGGCAUAAUCUGUCACUCUUCACGCAACAAAAAGAACUUGACGAUUCAGUCUGCGUUAAGACGCUUAAAUCGAUUGAUUCUCAGUUCUUUAAGUAACUUGAAUCAAUAAAAACCACAAAAUGAAGCACCUCGCCGCCUACCUCCUUCUCGGCCUUGCUGGCAACACCAGCCCCAGCGCCAAGGACAUCAAGGGCGUUCUCGACUCUGUUGGUAUUGAGGCUGAUGAUGAGCGUCUGGAGAAGCUUCUCUCCGAGCUUGAGGGCAAGGACAUCAACGAGUUGAUCGCUGAGGGUAGCAAGAAGCUCGCAUCUGUCCCAUCGGGUGGCGCCGCUGCUGCCCCAGCUGCUGGUGGUGGUGGUGCUGCUGGCGGUGCUGCUGCUGCUGAAGAGGCCAAGGAGGAGGCCAAGGAGGAGGAAAAGGAGGAGUCCGACGAGGACAUGGGUUUCGGUCUGUUCGACUAAGCGUCCUCCAUUGGCUUUCAUGUCAUAUGUUUGCAAACAGAUGUGCUCCAAAACUUUUAGCAUUUGCGCAAGCAAUAUGGCUAGAAUGAUAAGCAUGGGAAGGAGUUUUCUCAAUGGCAUGCAUGCGGAUUCUUCUCGGUGGCUCUUCACUAUACAGGUGAUACGCAUUGUGAUAUUCCGCACAUACAUCAAAUGAAAAAUAUCUUCUUCCUAAACUUUGUACUUGAUUUCCUUCACAUUUGCUACGUUUGCUGUAAUAAAGUUUUCUGAAA